GGUUUCUUCUUCGUGGACGAGGGCAGAAACAUAUAUAUAUAUAUAUAUAGAGAGAGAGAGAGAGAUAGGGCUGAACUUGAAGAAGGAGAAGAUCUGGAGCCGAUCGUUCUGCGUCCGUGGCGACUUAGGUUAUGCAGUUAUUACCUCAGGUUGCCUUGGACACUGAUUUUGAAGGAUUUCUUUCCUUUGAUAACUCAUGGAUAAAGUAUGCCUUAAGCCAGAUUUCAUUCAGAGCCUGGUCUUUUCAUUCCAGGAAUUUGUUGAGUGGCGUUCUUGCAGUCUUGGAGAUUAUAUGUUUGUUUCCUUCAUUAACUUCACUUAAAUACAUCUGAUGAUCCUUUAUGCUGAAAAAGGUCUUGACACUUCAAGCACAUUGAGGAUGCAUUUUUUGUAUGGCAUUCAUCCUUUCAUCCUUGGGAUCCAUCAUCUUGGUUAAAUCUUGGGAGUAAAAAGACUGAGUUCGUUUCAUAUUUCAAAACACAUCUUGAAGUUUUAUGAAGAGUUUGGGCUUGUCAAUAUCUUCCGUCACCUCAGAUUGUUUAGUCAGACUUAAUUAGACGUUACUAGCUGAAGAGUUCUCAAGAGAUUCUGUGUAACAUAUUUGAGGUAGCUACAAUCAAUUUGUGGUGUUAUUCUGGUUUUUUCUGUUUCGGAUAGAGUUGUGAGUCUAGCCUGGCAACCAAUCUUUGGCUUGUGUCAAGAUGUCAUGUGGCUUUGGACCAUUUGCUCUAGAUAUUUUAUUUUGCAAGCGAGGCUUUCAACCUGACUAUUUAACUCAAUCUGUUAAGCCCUGCCAUCACAAAUCCAAUUAUCAUAUGUGCCUGUCUAUGGUGGCUGCAAAUUAACAGACUGGAUUCAGCCAGGAAGUAAUACGCCUUAUUGAAGUUUUGGUUUUGCCUAUCAAAAAUUUCAAGUGAAGGCCAUAUUUUUUUUUCAAUAAAUAAGGCAUUGAGGAUUGUUGAGUAGCUGAAUAAUGGAGAGGUACAAUUUAGUAAAAGAAAUUGGUGAUGGAACAUUUGGCAAUGUCUGGCGAGCUAUCAAUAAAAGUUCAUGUGAAAUUGUUGCUAUCAAGAAAAUGAAGAGAAAAUAUUACUCCUGGGAAGAAUGUCUGAAUUUGAGGGAAGUUAAGUCACUGCAAAAGAUGAACCAUCCGAAUAUCGUAAAACUGAAGGAAGUCAUUAGAGAGAACGACAUAUUAUAUUUUGUCUUUGAAUACAUGGAGUGCAAUCUUUAUCAACUUAUGAAGGACAGAGUGAAACCUUUCUCAGAAGCAGAAGUUAAAACUUGGUGCUUUCAAGUGUUUCAAGGUCUUGCUUAUAUGCAUCAUCGGGGAUAUUUCCAUCGUGACCUUAAGCCAGAGAAUUUGUUGGUCUCCAAAGAUACAUUAAAAAUUGCCGACUUUGGUCUUGCUCGUGAGAUAAAUUCUCUACCACCAUACACUGAAUAUGUUUCAACACGAUGGUAUCGCGCUCCUGAAAUUCUGCUCCAGUCUUCUUUCUACGAUUCUUCAGUUGAUAUGUGGGCUAUGGGUGCAAUCAUGGCUGAACUGUUUACACUCACUCCACUUUUCCCAGGGUCAAGUGAAAUUGACGAACUUCACAAAAUAUGCAAUGUUUUAGGAACCCCUACUAGAAGUGAAUGGUCUGAGGGGCUUAAACUUGCAGAGGCUAUGAACUUUCAAUUCCCACAGCUUGUUGGGGCCAACCUUUCCGAGCUUAUACCAUCAGCAAGUGAAGAAGCUAUUGAUCUGAUUUCAUGGCUUUGCUCUUGGGAUCCACAUAAGAGGCCUACUGUUUCGGAUGUCCUCCAGCAUAACUUCUUUCAGAGUUGCUUUUAUGUUCCACCAUCUCUUCGCUCCAAAACUGCUAUUGCAAAGAUACACCCAUACCCAUCUGCUGAAAUGAAUGCGGCGGCUGAACAAAAAUCAGCUGGAAGAUAUCCUGUUACCGUGGCUAAUUCGAAAGUGCCAAAUAACCUUUCUUCUGCAAGUAUGAACUUCUCUCCAUAUUCAGGAUUGAAGAGUAAGAUGGAAAUGGAUAAUAUGAAUGCUAUAAAGAAUGAUAAAUCAUCAAAUCAAGCUGCUGUUACUGCUGCUGCCAAAUUACAACCGCGAUAUCGACCUCCUCCGAUUACCCAAAACUAUAAUAAUAAUAAUAAUUAUUAUUAUAAUACGACGAAGACUGUUAAUCCUUUGGAGAUGACUCAGAAGUUUGCAAACAUGACAGUUAAUCCCGGUAGAUCUCCUAUAAGAGCUGGGGGCUGGCAUAAUAAUAAUAAUAAUAUCCGAGGAGGUGGAGGCGAUACAUAUGCGGGGAGGUCUUAUCAACAACAUCAGUUUCAAGGUGGAAGAACCACUUAUUAUUCGAGAAAAGUUGAAGGAUGAAAGCCGAUGGAUGAUGUUUGUUUCGAUGAUGAUAAAAGUUGUUUUUGGUUUGCUACAAAAAAAGAGUGUCUUUCAUAUUCUACUUGUUUUUCAGAACAUAUAAUUUUGUUUGGGUUGCUUUUCAUGUUACAACAGUUAUAUGCUACUCUACAACUUUUGUCUGAAUAAAGAUGGAAUCUCUUGUUUUUUCUUCUUU